AUGGAGAAGAGGCUGGGAGUCAAGCCAAGCCCUGCUUCCUGGAUUUUAUCAGGAUUUUGUUGGCAGCUAUCCGUGAAAUGGUUGAGAAGCCUGUACCUGUUUUUUACUUGCUUCUGCUUCAGUGCUCUGUGGUUGUCAACAGAUGCCAGUGAGAGCAGGUGCCAGCAUGAGAAGACAGAAUUUGGAGUUGGCCUGAGAUCUGGGGGAGAAAAUCAUCUCCGGCUUCUUGAAGGAACCCCCUCUCUCCAGUUGUGUUGGGCUGCUUGCUGCCAGGAUUCUGCCUGCCAUGCCUUUUGGUGGUUAGAAGGGAUGUGCAUUCAGGCAGACUGCAGCAGGCCCCAGAGCUGCCAGACUUUCAGGACAGACUCUUCCAAUUCCAUGCUGGUGUUUUUUAAAAAAUUCCAAACUGCAGAUGGUUUGGGCUAUCCACCUGAAGAAGAUGAACCACAUAUUCUGGGGCUAGGUUGGAGCAGGGUAUCUUGGAGGAGACAGAAUCCACCCAGAGCUCCACUCAGACCCACUGUAUCUUCUAGUGACCAGCAGAGCUUAAUCAGGAAGCUUCGGAAGAGAGAUAGUCCCAGUGAAGAAGUAGCUACACAUACAGUGACACAGCAUUCUGAAAUGAAUGACUCCAAGGAAGUAGGUGAUCUGAAUACCAGUGGUUCUGCAGAGGUCCACAAGGCCGUUGUAAUUUCCAGUCCCUUAACCACAGUCCUGACUGCGGAGACUCCUGGUUGGUUAAAGAAUGUGUCAGUCCAGCCUGAGACAUCAGAGGAUCCUGGUGCUACGCCUAGCACUCAGCACAUAAAAAGCCCUGGGAGAAUCCAGAUUGUUACCCCUCUGCCAGUGGCUCCCUCCUACAGUUAUGCUACCCCUACCCCCCAGGCCUCUUUCCAGAGCACCUCAGCACCAUACCCAGUUAUAAAGGAGCUGGUGGUAUCCGCUGGAAAGAGUGUCCAGAUCACCCUGCCUAAAAAUGAAGUUCAGUUAAAUGCAUUUGUUCUGCAAGAACCACUUGAAGGAGAAACCUACACCUACGACUGGCAGCUGAUUACUCAUCCCGAAGACUACAGUGGCGAGAUGGAAGGGAAACAUUCCCAGAUCCUCAAACUAUCCAAGCUUACUCCAGGCCUGUAUGAAUUCAGAGUGAUUGUAGAUGGUCAAAAUACCCAUGGGGAAGGCUAUGUGAACGUGACAGUAAAACCAGAGCCUCGUAAGAAUCGGCCUCCCGUUGCCAUUGUGUCACCACAGUUCCAGGAGAUCUCUUUGCCAACCACUUCUACAGUCAUUGAUGGCAGCCAAAGCACUGAUGAUGAUAAAAUCGUCCAAUACCAUUGGGAAGAACUUAAGGGACCUCUGAGAGAAGAGAAGAUUUCUGAAGAUACGGCCAUAUUAAAACUAAGUAAGCUCGUCCCUGGGAACUACACUUUCAGCUUGACUGUAGUAGACUCUGAUGGAGCAACCAGCUCUACCACUGCGAGCCUGACAGUGAACAAAGCUGUGGAUUAUCCCCCUGUGGCCAAUGCGGGCCCCAACCAAGUGAUCACCCUGCCCCAAAACUCCAUCAUCCUCUUUGGGAACCAGAGCACCGAUGAUCAUGGCAUCACCAGCUAUGAGUGGUCACUCAGCCCAAGCAGCAAGGGGAAAGUGGUGGAGAUGCAGGGUGUUAGAACACCAACCCUGCAGCUCUCUGCCAUGCAAGAAGGAGACUACACUUACCAGCUCACAGUGACUGACACGAUAGGACAGCAGGCCACUGCUCAAGUGACUGUUAUUGUGCAGCCUGAAAACAACAAGCCUCCACAAGCAGAUGCAGGCCCGGAUAAGGAGCUGACCCUUCCUGUGGACAGCACAACCCUGGAUGGCAGCAAAAGCUCAGAUGAUCAGAAAAUUAUCUCAUAUCUCUGGGAGAAAACACAGGGACCCGAUGGGGUGCAGCUCGAGAAUGCUAACAGCAGUGUCGCCACUGUGACAGGGCUACAAGUAGGAACCUACGUGUUUACCUUGACCGUCAAAGAUGAGAGGAACCUGCAAAGCCAAAGUUCUGUGAAUGUCAUUGUCAAAGAAGAAAUGAACAAACCACCUGUAGCCAAGAUAACUGGGAGUGUGGUGAUUACCUUGCCCACGGACACAGCAGAACUGGAUGGCUCCAAGUCCUCAGAUGAUAAGGCAAUAGUCAGCUACCUCUGGACCCGAGAUGAGGGGAGCCCAGCGGCAGGGGAGGUGCUGAAUCACUCUGACCACCACCCGAUCCUCUUUCUUUCCAACCUGGUUGAGGGCACCUACACAUUUCACCUGCAUGUGACUGAUGCGAAGGGGGAAAGUGACACAGACCGGACCACCGUGGAGGUGAAGCCUGAUCCCAGGAAAAACAACCUGGUGGAGAUCAUCUUGGAUGUCAACGUCAGUCAGCUAACUGAGAGGCUGAAGGGGAUGUUCAUCCGCCAGAUUGGGGUCCUCCUGGGGGUGCUGGAUUCCGACAUCAUUGUGCAAAAGAUUCAGCCGUACACGGAGCAGAGCACCAAGAUGGUAUUUUUUGUUCAAAACGAGCCUCCCCACCAGAUCUUCAAAGGCCAUGAGGUGGCAGCGAUGCUCAAGAAUGAGCUGCGGAAGCAAAAAGCAGACUUUCUGAUAUUCAGAGCCCUGGAAAUCAAUACUGUCACAUGCCAGUUGAACUGUUCUGACCAUGGCCACUGUGAUUCAUUCACCAAACGCUGUAUUUGUGACCCUUUUUGGAUGGAGAAUUUCAUCAAGGUGCAGUUGAGGGACGGAGACAGCAACUGUGAGUGGAGCGUGUUGUAUGUUAUCAUUGCUUCCUUUGUCAUCGUUGUCGCUCUGGGAAUCCUGUCCUGGACUGUGAUCUGUUGUUGUAAGAGGCAGAAAGGAAAACCCAAGAGGAAAAGCAAGUAUAAGAUCCUAGAUGCCACGGAUCAGGAGAGCCUGGAACUGAAGCCAACCUCCCGAGCAGGCAUCAAACAGAAAGGCCCAAUGCUGAGCAGCAGCCUGAUGCGCUCUGAGUCGGAGCUGGACAGUGAUGAUGCCAUCUUCACGUGGCCAGACCGAGAGAAGGGCAAACUCCUGCAUGGUCAGAAUGGCUCCGUGCCCAACGGGCAGACCCCACUUAAGGCCAGGAGCCCACGAGAGGAGAUCUUGUAG